AUGAUUGCUCGCCAAGCAAACCAGGGCUGCUGGACAUGCAAGAAACGGAAAAUCGGGUGUGAUAAAGGCUUGCCCUCAUGCAACAACUGCGUGAGGACGGGCCGAGAGUGCAUGGGAUAUGGCCUCCGGCUCGUCUGGCCUGAUAUUCCAGACGGCCGCAGGAAAUCACCCAAACUUUCCCUGCAGCACUCGCACGGCCAGCUGCAGGCGUCCGGCUUGUAUUACGGCGAGCAGUUCCUCAACAUUUCAUUCGACGACAUCGAACAGAACCGUCAGGAUGUCAGCACCUUAACCCUUCAGGACCACCACGCCCGCCCUCAACAAGCCCUGACUCUUCACCCCGACUUGAUGGGCCACGAAUCCGAUUUGCUCUCAUAUUACGAACGCAAGAUCGCUCGUAUGAUCUCAACUGUUGAUGCCAACAAUGGCUUCCGCCUCCAGCUUCUGCCCAUAGCCAUGAGUGGCUCCAAUUUUGCCGCCAGGGGUCUCCGCAGUGCCAUCCUCGCCCUGUCAGCAUUCCACCGUCAUGGCUCCGGGGCUGCCUUACCCUACAAGAUCCAGGCCCUCCGACUUCUGUCUCACUCACUGGAGAAAGAGUCGUACGUAGACGUGCCUAUUGAAUCCCAGCUUGCGGCUUCCAUGAUGCUUUGUGUAUACAACGUUUUUGACGAGGGGGAGGGCAAAUGGCAUCUCCACCUGAACGGCUCAAGAAGCUUGCUGCAUCGCUAUGCCGAAAUGAGAGGAGGCACACUCGACUAUGAUUUUCUCAACACGUGGUUUCUUUACCACGAAAUACUGGGCUGUUUCAGUCAGCCACACAAGCAUAAUUAUGAGGGCGCGUCAUCGCUGGACCUGCUCCAGGGCAGUGACUGUGACAAGACAGUCAUAAUAGGCUCUCUUGGCUGCUCAGUGGAGAUCAUGGAAAUCAUCCAUCACAUCAAUCAGCUGCGGUACCCAGCAGGGCAAAAGUUCCACGACAAAGUUGGCAGAUCCGAGCUCCCAUCUGUGAUGUGGACAUGUCAGGGGCUGCAAGACAGGCUGAGCAGGCUGAAGCAGCAGUUGCCGCCCGAAUACGCCAUACAUUCUAUCAGGGAGCGAACCAAGGUCCAAGUGACCGCCGAGCUCUACCGGAUCGCAGCCGUCUUGUAUCUGCGUGCUGUCUGCCCAAACAUCGAUGCAACGAACCAGACGCCACUGUGGCUCGAGGAAGGUUUCAGGCUACUCUCGAGCCUGGAGAUCUGCACGAGCCCUUGGCCCUUGUUUGUGAUCGCUUGCGAGUCGCAGGUGGACGACCAACGGAUCACAAUCCUGCGGACACUAGACCGUAUGGAUGCUGAUCGGAAGAUUGGGAAUGUGUUUGUCCUGAGGAAUCUGAUUGAGAAGUACUGGAAACAGCAAGAUCUUCAGGCCGACGGUGACCGCGCCAAGCCGUUGAAGUGGUGGGAACUGAUGAGCUUCGACACUGCUGCGCCAUGGUUCAUUUGA